AUGGCUGCUGCUUCAUUCCUCUUUGCAGUAUGCACGGCGCUUUCGACUCUUUCUGGAAGUUUGGUCACUGGAACGAGAACCUUUUCUAUAGAUUACAAGAACCACUGCUUCCUGAAAGAUGGAAAGCCUUUUCAGUACAUCUCUGGUAGCAUCCACUACUCCAGAAUCCCGCAGUAUUACUGGAAGGACCGCCUGGUGAAGAUGUACAUGACUGGACUCAAUGCCGUCCAAGUAUAUGUUCCCUGGAACUUCCAUGAAGCAGUUCAGGGAGUCCACAACUUCACAGGAGACAGAGAUUUGGAGCAUUUUCUGAAUCUGGCCAACCAGACAGGCCUCCUCGUCAUCCUGCGUCCAGGACCGUACAUCUGUGCAGAAUGGGAAAUGGGUGGAUUACCAGCAUGGCUUCUUCAAAAACCAAACAUCAUACUUCGCUCAUCAGACGCAGAUUACUUGGAGGCAGUCAGCAGUUGGCUUGCUGUCCUCCUCCCCAAAAUUAAACCUUGGCUCUACAUCAAUGGUGGCAACAUCAUCACUGUCCAGGUUGAGAAUGAAUAUGGAAGCUACUUCGCCUGUGACUACAACUACAUGCGUCACCUGCGGACGCUGUUCCGCUUCUUUCUGGGCGAGGAUGUCGUUCUCUUCACCACUGAUGGAAACACAGACAAGGAGAUGACAUGUGGAUCAUUGGAUGGGUUGUAUGCCACGGUGGACUUUGGCACAGACACCAACAUAACUGUUGCCUUCAAGCGCCAGAGAAGAUUCGAGCCUCAAGGACCCCUGGUGAACUCAGAGUUCUACACAGGCUGGUUGGACCACUGGGGAGAUCAGCAUGCCAUGGUUGGAGCUCAGAAGGUCAGCAGAGUGCUUGAAGAAAUGCUAACCAUGGGGGCCAACGUCAACAUGUACAUGUUUGAAGGAGGGACUAACUUUGGCUACUGGAACGGUGCUGAUCAUGACAGCAGGUUCCGCUCUGUAGUGACAAGCUAUGAUUACGACGCCCCGCUGACUGAGGCAGGAGACCCCACAGAGAAGCUAUUGGCCAUCAGAGAUGUCGUAAAGCAGUUUAGAGACAUCCCCGCUGGUCCCAUGCCGCCAGCAACUCCUAAGUUUGCCUAUGGCUUUGUCACGCUGGAAAAGAUUGGAAACAUUAGCAGUUUGCUAGAUACAAUUUCUCCUCUUGGGCCAGUCCAAUCCAAGUAUCCUCUGACGUUUGAAGAGAUUAAACAGUACUAUGGGUACAUGCUGUAUCGGACCACGCUGCCCCACGACCUCACAGAGCCCACGCCACUUAUAUCGCCGCUGAAUGGGGUUCAUGACCGUGCUUAUGUGUCAGUCAAUGGGGUUUUCCAGGGGUUGUUGCAGAGAGAUACCACACUCGUGAUGAAUGUUACAGGAAAACAGGGGGACACGUUGGAUAUUCUAGUUGAAAACAUGGGCAGAGUUAACUUUGGCAGUAAGAUCAACGACUACAAGGGCCUGGUGAGCAACUUGAUCUUAGGUAAAGAUGUACUGACAGGCUGGAAGAUCUAUCCGUUGGACAUUGACGCAGCCAUUUCAAGAGGAUGGCCUCAUUCAAACAGUCGGAAGUCUGUCCCAUCCCCACGAAGAGAACCUUCAGCUGGACCCACCCUUUACAUGGGGACCUUACAACCUAACGGGCUAGCAUGGGACACUUUUCUCAAGCUCAUUGAAUGGACAAAGGGCCAGGUUUGGAUUAAUGGGGUGAAUUUGGGACGAUACUGGCCAGGGAGGGGUCCCCAGCAGACUCUGUACGUCCCCGGGCCCCUGCUCAGCACCAGUCUGCCCAACAACAUCACGUUACUGGAGCUGGAGGGAGCCCCAGCACACCUGCGGAUUGUUUUUAUGGACCGGCCUCAGCUCAACGCCACUGCUGGGAAAUCCUGACUAAUAAUAUGAGCAAAUAAUUCUUGCUUUACUGCUGCCAAUUCUUCAUUCGCUCCCCUGUCUUGUUCUUUAACUUUGGUCAUAAUAUUUAAUCAAUCAGCUUUAUGAUCAUCCUACAGACAUUCUUAGCAGCACAUUAUGUAAAUAUCUUGUAUAAUAAUUUGAUUUUUUAACUGUGUUUAUUAAAUUAUCUUGAAUAAUUUUACAAAAUCAAAAUUUUUGUUUUUACCAAAAAUAAAAAGGAGAAAAAGAAA